AUGUCAAGGACCAGUAUGAUGAUGCUCAUUUUGUGGAUGUAUAUCGCAUCUGCAUAUUCAAGUGGUGGACAUGACAUUUGGAACUAUUUAUUCGGCAACAACACUUAUAAUAAAGAAGUAAGACCGGUGAAAGACUGGUCAACGCCAACGGUUGUGAACAUAAGCUUGUCAAUUAUUGCUGUAAUUGACUUCAAUGAAGUUAAGCAAACAAUUUUUCUCACAUCUAAGGUGUCCUUUUUCUGGGUUGACGAAUUUUUGCAAUGGAAUCCGACGGACUUCGAAAACAUUUCGCAUAUCCAUUUAGAACAAACGCGUGUGUGGAAGCCGUACAUUUUCCUCGAAAAUUCAGUAACGAAGCAAACCGAGCUCGGGACGAAUUCGCUAAAAGUGAUUGUUAACCAUGAUGGAAAAGUUGAGUGGAACCCGACGGAAGUGUUUCAAACCACUUGCGCCGCCGAUGUACGCAAGUUUCCCUUUGACACACAGAAGUGUUCGAUGGUGUUUGAAGCGUUCGGGUAUACGGGGAAAGAAGUGAAAAUGCAGUCUUUAGAAGAUCACAUAGAUUUCCAUGGGUAUGGCAGCACGGCCGGAUGGACAAUUGUAGAAACGGAAAUGGAGGCCAUAGUGUCCGACGAUGGAGACGAUGACAUUCACAUAAUCUGUUCUCUGACUCUGCGACGAAAUCCCGUGUACUUUAUCCUGAAUGUAUUUCUUCCAAUAGUUUUGCUUUCCUUUAUGAACAUUUGUGUUUUUAUUUUGCCUGUGCAGUCUGGUGAAAAGGCGAGUUUCGUGAUUACUGUGUUUCUUGCACUAGCUGUGUUUUUGACAAUAGUGAGCGGAAAUCUGCCGGAAAAUUCGGACAACGUUUCAAUGUUAAAUGUCUAUGUUUUCAUCAGCACCCUUCUCAGCGUUUUGAUAGCGAUUGUAACGAUAGUACAGAUACGUUUGUAUCAUCGAGACCCGGAGCUCCCCGUUCCAAAUUGCCUUCAGUCGAUGGCGCAUCUCUUUACAACACAUGCAAAGAAGUUCGGUAAGGGGAAGACAACGGUGAAAAUUAAACACUCCAACGGGAGGAUGAGUGGGCUUAGCCAUGAUGAAGAGCAAGAAAUACCGACGGUUGCCUACAACACAUUCUUUGAUGAGAGGGAAAAGGUUACAUGGCCUUUCGUAGUGAAGGCCUUUGACAACAUCUUCCUCUUGUUUUUUCUCGUUGUAAAUCUGACAGUGACGAUUGUAAUUUUUGCACUUGCCGUGAGAAAUGAGGAACUUCAAGAAGAUGCACAUGGAGAACAUUAG